AUGUCAGAACUCCGACAGCGACAGUCUACAAAACCCUCAGAAUCGCAUCAGAGCGCAAGCUCAGCACCGCGGCGAAUCCCACAGAAUGGCCCCGAGGCCGAAAAUGAACAUGGCGUCAGCGUGCUCGAUCUGGUCCGCAUUCUAGUCUCGCUUGUCAUCGUCUCAUGCGGCGUCUCUUAUUACAUGACUAAUUCUGAGUCUGUACUAUGGGGCUACAGGCCUUGGUUCACGCGGUGGCCAGUUGUCAAGCAAUACCUGAACGGACCUGUGAACCUGACUCCAACCGAACUCUCCCUCUACAACGGAGCCGACCCUUCUCUUCCCAUCUAUCUCGCAGUGAACGGCUCUAUCUUCGACGUGUCCGCAAACCCAAUGAUCUACGGUCCGGGUGGGAGCUACAAUUUCUUCACGGGACGUGAUGCAACCCGCGCCUUCGUGACAGGCUGUUUCAAGGAAGAUCUUACGCCGGACCUAAUUGGCGUGGAGGAAAUGUUCAUGCCUGUGGAGGACGUCGAGAAUGAGGGUCUUACGAACGCUGAGAGGAAGAUACGGCGCGAGCGGGAAUUGAGAUUGGCGCGAACGCAGAUCGAGAAAGCUGUCAACAGGUGGGAAGGGUUCUUCCGGAACCACAAGAAGUAUUUCCAGGUUGGGCGGGUUUUGGAUGACGGUGUCCUUGAUCCUCUUGCUGGAACAAGGGCGCUGUGUAAUGGGGCCAAGCAGCAGCGCCCCAAAAGGAGUGAAAUGGACGAGCUGGCAUAG